GGCACGAUACGGUCACUUUAGCGAACUUAUUAAAAAAAACUUUAUUAAAUUGUUUAGAUAUCUUUUGUAAAUAAGCCCAGGAGACUUGUUGGAGGCGCCACGAUGAACCAGUUUCAUACGCCCUCCUUCGGAGACGAAGUUUUCGAGCUGAAUGACACGCCGGCAGAGAGUCCGACCCAGGCGUCGCGGAGAAUGCUUAGCCUGGAUCACUCCACGUUGAAUGACGACGAUGAAGACGAGUACGACACAUAUGGCGGUGGCCAAGGUUUGGUGGCCCAACAGCACCAGCCGCAGCAGGAGCAGCAGCAGGAGGUGCUGAUUCCACAGCAACAGACACAGGUACAGGCACAGGCACCACCCAAGCCGCUGGCGCCGUUUGCUUUGUUCUUUCGGGACACUGUGACGGCCAUCAAACAGCAGAAUCCCUCCUGCUCGCUGGAGCAGAUGCAGGUCAUUGUACAGACCAUGUGGGACUCCCUGGAUGAGACCCAGAAGAAUGUGUAUACUCAGCGGCACGAGCAGGAAAAGCGAGACUAUGUGCGUCUCAUACGAGACUAUCGCCAGCAGCUGUCCGAAUCAGAGGCCACGUUGGAGCUAGAAACUCCAGCUGUUGCUAUCGCUGCUGUGGCUCCCAAGCCAGAAGUGUGUAAGGUGGACCCGCCAGAACAGCCACAAGUGGAGCAGCCGCAGGAACCGCCGCCCGAACAGAUCCAGCUGCUCAGCGAGGCGGCCAGGGUGCAGAAGUGUACGCGGGAGCAGUGCAACAAGCCGGCCAUCAUCAAUCCCGACUGGGAGGACGAGUACUGCAGCAACGAGUGCGUCGUCAUCCACUGCCGCAACGUUUUUAACGAAUGGGCACUGAGCAUUAAAAAGCCCGACCUUGUAGCAGGUGCCCCUGCUGCCACCGACUGAACCCGCUCCUAGGCUAAGUCUAGACUCUAGAUUCUAUAUGUAACUUGCACAGCUCCCCCGGUUUCGUAUAUCGUUCGGGUAUAUAAAUACGAAGAAAUGCGAGAAUGCGCGAUAUGAUAAUUAGUGUACAAGUCCCAGUUUCGGUUGUAAUUAGCAAAUGUGCGGAAACGGAAUGAACGCAAGCCAAGCUUUUUUAUAUUUUAACUAAUAAUAGAUCACCACCCAUAACGAUGAUUGUAGAAAAGAACGGAAUAAAAUAGAAUACGACGAAUUUCACUGCACCGGUGCUCUCUCCAUCUAUUUGUUGUUAUCAGUGGCCAGAUCCCUUUCGUAAGUGCGGAGACCAGCUACAGAAAUAUCACAGCUCAGAAAAUGGGCUCAUCAAUGCACUUCUCGCGUAUUUGUUACGUUUAUUUUGAUUGUUGUGAUUGCUCUCAAUUGCAACUUUGUAAGAGAGAGAAUAGAAAAGUGAUUUAAUUAAUUUUACUUUGAGAAAUUUUAGUGAAAUGCAAACCAACUUUUCAUUUAACCAACCGAUAGAGUAAAACCCUUUUAAUUUUAUAUGGUAACUUUUAAUAAAUACACACAUUUAUUACUUCUUGCACUUCAUUAUCAAUAUAUCAAUGCCGUUGCUUACAAAAACUCACUUUCGUUCGCUUCGUUCUAAGUAUAAUAACCGAAACUAAUUAAAAUGUAUAAAUUAAUUGUAUGAAAUAAUAGAUUUAUGUGUAAAAUAGACGUUUCCUUGGUUGCCUUGCUGAAGUAAUGCGCCAUUGUGUUACGAGUACGAAUACGAGUUAAAUAAACAACAGUAUAAAAAAGA